UCUCUGGCAGAGAUGGGUCAAGUGGUACGGACAUCACACGGUGAGUCUUGUGACCGAGAAAUCGAUGAAGCCACUGAGCGAGGGGCUCAAGAGACGGAUGAUACGAAAAACCAACAAAGACCUCCAGAAAGCCGUCAGUCUGGCUCUGAAGGCACAGCAGAAGAAGGAGCACCAACAGUUGCAGAAUGUGUGAAAGACGACUCUAAACUUCCCUCUCUCUCCCUUCUCUCACUCUCUCCAAUGUAUAUGUGUACACAAACCACCCAUACUUCCAUUUAUUCACUGGUCUUAAUGUUUUCCACCCUCCUUCAGUUUCCAUUAUUACCCAACCACGCCCGUUAGUUUACGGACGUGAGCGGAGAGGUUCGCGGAGCUAUCCAAUAGUAUUCAAAGCGUGCACGCAAUUCAUGUGAACCGACUUCCGGUGAGUGCCAUUCCGCCCCGUAAGCGGCUUGCAAAUGGCGCACAAUUCCCCGAGACUACACCGAGAAGUGUCGCUCAGAGAAAUGGCCGUAGCCGCCCAGUGAACCGAGCCUCCGCCGUUUCGAGGCCACCACUUAGAAGCCGAAAGCCCGCUCUAUCCACGCAUGAGAGCCAAGGGCCACGGAGGCUGCAGAGAGGGCUGUAUUCGGUGCCGGUAGGGGCGCUACUUUGAGCGCUCGGGACGGCCAUGAGUAAGCUGUCUUUCCGGGCGCGGGCCCUGGAUGCGUCAAAACCGCUGCCCAUCUACCACGCUCGAGAUGUGCCCGACCUCUCUGACUACCAGGCCAUCAACAGGACCGUUCCCCAGAUGCCCACGGGCAUGGAGAAGGAAGAGGAAACGGAGAGACACCUGCAGGAGGUUAUACUGGCCCAGCAGACCAACUGCCGUCGCGAUGUUUUCAUCCCCACUCCCGAGGUGGCCACGGACGACGUCAGUCACUACGAACAGGUCUACAGCGUACUGCAGCAUCGACAGUCGCCUUACAUCAGAGUACCAGGUCUGGGUUUGGAGGAGGAGGUGCCGGAGUAUGAUUUGGACUCAGAGGACGAAGAGUGGCUCAGCGCCCAAACCAAAGAGAGACCUCUCUCCCCCCUCCACUUUGAGAAGAUGAUGGACAAGCUCGAGAGAGGCAGUGGAAAUACGGUUCUGAGUGUGCGAGAUGCGCAGAGUCUGCUAAAGGAUGAGGAAGAUUUGGUGAUAGCUGUGUAUGAUUACUGGCUGGCCAAGAGACUGAGGCUGGGCAGAGCUCUCAUCCCGGCAGUCAAACACGAGCGGCGAGACGGGACUUCGUCCAACAAUCCCUAUCUCGCCUUCCGCAAACGCACAGAGAAAAUGCAGACCCGAAAAAAUCGUAAGAACGACGAAAUGGCGUACAUGCAGAUGUUGAAGCUGAAGAGAGAUCUCACCAAAGCAAAGUGAGUGUAGCGGUUCUCUAGUCACAAAAUGCGGUUAUAGUCACCUCAAUACAUGUCAGGCAUGAGUAACUCUCUCCUCUUCUCUCUCUCUUCCCUCUCGUCUCUUGUUUCUCCUGCACUCACACACACGCACACACACAAGAAACCUGGCGGAGUUUGUGCUAGAGAGAGAGAACAAGAAGCACCACUUUGCGCAGAUCGAGACGGACAUCUUCAAGCGGCGCUACCAGCUGGAGGACUGGAGUGGGAGCAUAUUGUCCAGUCUGAGACCAGUCUCCACACACACUGACACAAGACACCCUGCUACCGUGGGGGAUGGCUGGGAGUCAAGACACUCCCUGAUCAAGGUGGAAACUGAUGAUCAAGUGCAGGUUAUUGGCAGACAGCCUGUCCUCCUAUCAACUGGUUUGAAGAAGAGAUCGAAGAAGAGGAAAUUCUAUUUCCCUCACGGGACGCCUGAGCCUGAGCUAGUCACUCCUGCUACUCCAGAGAAGUCAGUGAGAGACGUUCUUCAACCGGCAACUGUUGAGAAGUCAGAGGAAGAGGAAUUGGAUGGCAUUUUCACUUUCAAGAGGCGACCACAUGUGCGAUAUCACAAGGUGGAUGAGGAAGUUGAUUGGGACGUUGCCCAGGGGGUCCCCCUCUCUCUCCCGCGCUCCUGGAAAAGAUAUUGCUACAAUCAAACUGCUUUCGGUGGAUGCUACAUCGGAAAAGCUAGACGAAGGAUCGGUCGUGGAGGCAGGGUCAUGUGGGACAGAGAGUGUGGGAGUGAGAGUGAGGAAGAGGAGGAGAUGGAGGAGCCACUGGGACCCUCUGGACCCGCCGAGGGGAACAAGGACAGUGAGGUUCUCGACCCUAGCCUCAAACGUUGUCGCUACGUCUCUCGCUCCCCCUCUCCCACCUCGAACUUUGAGUUCCAGUCGUUUCCGCUGAUUGAGAACACCAACCCCUCUUCGCAGCCCGCUGACCCAGUGAACUCUAUGGCCAUCUUCGAAUUCAGCGGUUUCACGUCUGACUCUGAAUUCCCCGAAGACGCGUCCUCCUUCUCCUCUCUCCCCACCUCUCAAUUCGCUCUCAAACCAAGUACGUCUGACGUCGAAUGCGAGAAUUCUUCGUCACAAGGUGAAAAUAUGGAUACUUCUACUGAUCCUCCGCCAUCUUCUUCCACCACCGCUCAACAGCGCCUGUUAGAGCGAAACAGUGGGCCUCAGAAUCCCAAGACGGUUACGUUAGUCAACAGCUCCAGAAACAAUGUAUCUAGUAUAGGGCCCCCCCAAUCGGGGGGUCUGAUGAAACAGAAUUUUGUUCCCCAGAAUCAAACUAAUACGUUCGCACUGAAACCACCGCCUACAGAGCACAUACGUAAACCGCAACAACAACCCCCCGUGUCUCAAAAUUCCUCGACCCCCCUCUCCUAUGUUCAAAAUUUGGCCCCCGGACCCCCCUCUACCAGACCCCCUCUUCUUGUCCCCUCAACAACUGCUCCGCCCCCUACUACAACAUCAUUGCUUACGCCUUCUCUAUCAUCACUUCAGAAACAUGUUCCCGUUCCAGAGCAGUCUGGAAUGUCGUCAGCUUUAGCCACACCCACUUCGGUUACCUCAUUAGUGGCAAGUGCGAGUGAUGCUAUGGUAAGGAAACCCAGUGGUACAUUGAAAAACCAUCCCCUCCAGCCCUCUACCAGCGGGCUUGUUGACCCUCGACUGAAGCACGGGCAUUCUCAUGAACACGAAGUAGCCAGUGAUGGUAGUGUUGCACAGAAAGGACCUUCAAAACACACUGCGACAGGACACACUACAACAGGGGCAACUGGUAGUGACAGUUUGAAUUUGAAAUCCGACAGAACACCGGCUCCAAACGGUCUCACGAGCCCAACACCGGUAAAAACAGACACUUCCACCACUAGUGACACCACUGUACCUCCCACCUCUUCUUCUUCCUCGUCCUUUCAAACUUCGUGGUUAAUGGACGGUCCUUCGUCAAACGUUCAACUCCUCAGCUCUCGCAGCUCUGAUUCUCACAAGCCUCAGAAACCUUCCUCGGUUGAGGGAGACAAGAAAGAGGUGAAGUUAGGGUCUUCUUCGAUGGUUGACGCAGCCUCGGCGAUCACGUCUCAGUUUCUUCAGCACUCCGAAGGUGCAAGGGAUGAGACAGGUGGAAGACAAACGGUGGAACAGAUUCAAUCCACUCUGCAGCAAACGGCUAGGGGCAUCCCCCUGGGAAUCGGCAGGGAAAUCCCCCUUCCCCUAGUGCAGGGGACAGUCCCUAUGACAUCGUCUCGGUUGCCCACUUCGGCUUCAAUUGCCGCUACGAAAUUAGAGGGGCACCCCCAGCAGAUUUUCAACAAGAGGGCUGCGUCUGCGCAGAAUCUGGUGACACGUCGAGCGUCAGCCACUGCAAACGGUGGUCCGUACCCCGAGCUCUUCCACACAAGUGCUCGUCGCUUUUCAGAGACGACUGAGAGAGGGCUCAAGCAAGCCUUGGCAGGGAUGAACCACAGCGGUCUGCUUGAUGCAGCAGCUAAUUCAAUGGUACAGCCUCGAGCCAAACCUUCUGAGGUGUCCUAAUCUCUACAUCCCAACACAUCACUGUCGUCCAUCUUUCUCCUCUUCUUUCCUCCCUCUCUCCCUUUACUCUCCUACUCCCCAACAAAUGUACUUGGAGCUGUUACCUCUCUCUCUUUUCUCUCCCUCUCUCCCUUCUUUUCUCAUUGUGUUCGUAUUUAUACAUCCCUCCCUUCUUUCCUCGCUCUGUCCUUCUCUCUCCUCUCUUCGAUUAUCUCCUCAUCUUGUGUGUGAGUGUGUGUGAAUUACGUGUGUGUUGCUGUACCCUGUCUUAAUGACACAAUGAUUAUUAGUCGCACAGCAACGAUUAACACACCACCAAAAACUAUAAAUAUGACAGAGA